AUGGAUGCAAGAUUGUUUCAGGUGGUUUUUCACGACGACGUUGCUGCAUUUCACACACUACUAGCAGAAGAUCCGCUUUUACUUCAUCGUGUUGCCCUCAACUCGAUCGAUAACCCUCUACACAUAUCAUCGUUGGCUGGAAAUAUAGCAAUCACAAAAGAUAUUGUUCUGCGAAAGCCAGAGUUUGCUGGGGAGCUAAAUCAACAAGGGUUUAGCCCCAUGCACAUCGCCUCCGCAAAUGGGCAUGUUGAGAUAGUGAGAGAGCUUUUGAAUAAUGCUGGAGUUGAUGUCUGUCUAUUGAAGGGAAAAGAUGGCAAGCUUCCACUUCAUUGUGCGGUGAUCAAAGGUAGAGUUGAUGUUGUGAGGGUGCUGGUUUUCGCUUGUAAAGAGUCUUUAGCACAGGUGACGGUUCAAGGUGAAACGGCGCUUCAUCUUGCAGUGAAGAAUAACCAGUUGGAAGUUGUCAGGGUCUUGCUUGAAGAGAUGAAGAGGCUGGACAUGAUGAUGGAGGUCAUUAACUGUACGGACAAGAAGGGGAACACAGUAUUGCACUUGGCAACGUUGGGGAAACAACAUGAGACCAUAGGGAUGCUGAUUGCAGAAGAUGCCAUUGCUACUGGGGUCGAUGUAAAUUCUGUGAACUCGAGUGGAUUCACACCCAAAGAUGUCCUAGAAUUAAUGCUUCAAAGUGGAGAUGAGUCCUCUUUGUAUGAUCUGGUUGAAAUGUUUCACCAUGCUGGUGCGCUGAAAUCUGGGGAAAUGAUCGCAACAAAUCAAACCCUUACAGCUUGUCAUCGAAAUGAUCAAGCAAAAUAUCAGCACCCUGAUGCAAAUCCACCAUCAAGGACAAUACCUUCUUCUUCUUCUCGUCUAUCAAAAAUCUGGAAGGAACUGACAAAAGAAAUAGAAGAAUCAUCAAUGGAAAGCCAAAAUGCGCUGAUGGUUGUGGCUGUACUCAUAGCAACAAUAACAUACCAAGCAAUGCUUAGCCCUCCGAGUGGUAUUUUAUCACCAGAGAAAAGGACUAAAUUCGGUACUCAUUUUACAAGGAGAUAUGUAGCGCCUGGAGAGGCUGCCAUGGCUAAUGAUCCUGAAGUUUUUGCCUUGUUCACUGUUUUUAACGGCAUAGGAUUCAUUGCAUCUAUUGGCAUAAUAUCACUCCUCAGCAAAGGAUUUCCUCUGAGGGCAGGCUUGCGGCUUGCUAUGCUUUCAAUGACUGCUACUUUUGUUAUCGGAGUUUUCUACAUUGCCCCUACGAAUGAUGGAACUGUGUAUGUUGUGGCUGCGCUAAUGGGAGUGGGUGUCUUUGUAGAGUUUGCUCUGUUCAUGCUCUGGUUGCUGAGGAAAUAG